CCAUUUUGACCUUGCUGAGGCUAACAGUGUUAGGCAAAGGGCAUUUAGAUAUUAGUGAUAUACUUGAUAUGAACAGCAGCCAAUAGCAGAGAUACAGCAGGGCUCAGAUAGGAAAGUUAAUCAGCUACAGACUGGUGGGUCUGGUCGGCAGAUAACAGAAGUGUUCACAACUACCAGCUCAGCACUGAUACACACACACACACACACACACACACACACACACACACACACACACACACACACACACAUCUGUAUAUCAGCCCUUCAUUUCACCACUCCCUUCAUACCUUUGUGUGUAGAUUGCUGCAGUGUCCAGUCCGUCAGUCUGCAGGUGAACCGUCAUGAGGACACUGUUGCUGUUGGGGGCGACGGCCCUCUGUCUCUGUGUGUUUGUCGCCGCUGACAAACAGCCGGACCGACAGGCGGAUAAAUCAUCCCCCGAGAAGGAGGAUGGAGUUUUACAGCUGAAGAAAGGGAAUUUCAACAGGGCACUGAGAAAACAUAAGCAGCUGCUGGUGCACUUUUAUACUCCUCUGUCUGGAGAGGGCCAUCGUGUCUCAGCAGCUUUCGAAGACGCUGCUGCAGAGCUCCAGGGGUCAGAGGUCAAACUGGCUGUGGUUGAUGUGGUAAAGGAGAAGGACCUGGCUAAAGAACUCAAUGUGACGGGCCUUGUCACAAUCAGGCUGUACCUUUCUGGAGAUAAACACAACCCUGUGCCCUGUCCGGUUCCUCAGAGCUCGGCCUCCAUCUUGACGUGGCUGAAAAGAAGGGCGGGGUCAGCUACUGAUCUCAUUGCUGAUUUGAGCCAAUCAGAGGCCUCCGAGGAGCUGACUGUGGUUGGAUUCUUUAAGGAGCUGAACCAUGAAUACGUUAAGGUGUUUUACGCUGCAGCGAUCGACCUUCCUGAUAUUAACUUUGCUGUGACACAGAACGAUGAAGUCAUCAGCAAACAUGGACUCACACAUGAUGUAGUUAUGCUGUUCAAAAAGUCCAAGCUCAUCCAGGCUUACAAAAUGAUGCCUGAGACAUCUAAAGAGAUGCUGAUCGUUUUUAUCACCGUCUACCAGAUGGACCCAGUCACUGAGUACACUGGAAAGACAGCCACUCAGAUAUUAACAUCACCUGUGUUAAACCACGCCCUCCUGUUUGUCAACAAAAGCUCUGCUGGCUUUAAAGAAAUUUACAACGCCUUUCACAGCGCUGCAGAAGCCUUCAGACUGAAGAUUUUGUUUGUGUGGGUGAACGUGGAUGAACCUCGUAACGGCAGGCUGAUGGAGUACUUCCGGGUUCGGGAGUUCGAGGCUCCUCUGAUACGAAUGGUCAACCUGACAGAUCAUGUGACGUAUCACCUGCCCUCUGACACUCUGGAUGUGCAGACCAUAAAAACAUUCUGCCAGUCCUACCUAGAGGGCAAGGCUAAGCCGAAGAUGCAGAGUGAGCCGAUACCUGAGGGAUGGGACAAGCAGCCGGUGAAGGAGCUGGUGGGAAUGACUCUGGAGAAAGUCGGCUUCAACCCCAACAAGACUGUUUUUGUCCUGUUCUAUCUUCCCUAUAGUUCAGAGUCUCGUGCUCUGUUUCCGCUGUGGGAGGAGUUGGCCGAAACCGUGAAGGACUGGGAGGACGUGGUCAUCGCUCGCAUUGAUGCCUCAGCCAAUGACAUCAACAUGUCAAUGCAUGGUCCCUACCCAUCCCUCUGCCUGUUCCCUGCUCUAUAUGCUGAAAGAGUUGUGGUUUACAAAGGAAAGAGGAAGGUGAAGGACUUGGUGAAGUUUUUAGAUAAGGAGAUGGAAAAAGCCAGAAAAGACAGAAUAAAGGAGGAUGAAGACAGGAUAAAGUACAUCGAGGCUGCGAAAGCUGAAGAGGCAAAAAAAGCUGAAGAGGCAAAAAAAGCCAACAAAACCAAAGAUGAGCUUUAAUGCACAAACAAAGAGAGUACUGUGUGUGUGUGUGUGUGUGUGUGUGUGUGUGUGUAGUUUGUGUGUCAUGUAUCUUUUAGUCGGCACUCUUUAAAUACAGAUCUGGUUUUAUCUACACAACCAACCUGUCAUUAACCAUCUGUCCUAUCAAAUCCAAUAAAGUUAAGUUAAAAACUCUGA